UUUACCAUGUUUUGACACACUCUUCAUUACAUCUCUGUUGUUGUAGUCUAAUAAGUUAAACUAUUUCAAAUAGUUAUGCGAUUUAUAUAUUCUCGUGUGUAUACAAUUAACAUUUAGGUGAUUUAUGUGAAAGCUAGCCUAUGUUUAACAUUUAGUUUUAUUACUUUGAAAAAAACGUUACUCGAAUGAAAUAUUUUAAGGCCUAAUUCUAUAUCAAGAUGUGUUGUAAAGGAUGUGCCAGAUGCAUGCUGAAGAUUCCAUUUCCAUCAGUUAUCGCCACUGUUAUGUGUCUCUCAGGAUCUGGGAUUUUCUUAGGGUCUGCAUAUAAAGGAAUCACCUUAACCCUACGAAUGUACGAAGUCGUUUUUCAAGUGAAAGCUCGAGGAUUCAUAGAUCUUAGACUUGCAUUUCUAAGUCUCUCACUCUUAGUGGCAAUUUUGGGCAUCAUCCUGGUGAUUAUUGGUUUCCUGGCAACGGGAGCAACAAGAAAUAAAGUCUACCGUGGGUGGAAAGCUCGAAUGGGAGGCCGUGUUUCUUGUGGCGUGUUUCUGGUGACAUCUUACUUUGUGCAGAUCGGAUGGAUUGUUAUUUUGGCGUGUUUAACCGUUAUCCUUUUCGUAUUCCGUGUUAGUUGGGGACUGUGUAAUAACCUAAAUGUCACAGAUGCUAAAAAACAAUGCAUUGAUCUUACACAGUUUGAUUUUAUGUUUCCAAAUGGAACAAAAUAUGAAAAUCUGUUGAUCUGCUCAGAAGGAAAGAUCAAAGAAUUCUGCAAAGACUACGUUGAACAAGCUGUAGUGAUGUACAUUCUGGCAACUGUAGCUUGCGUGUUGAUUAUUAUAAGCUUGAUUCACUAUGGCAUCUCUCUAGCAGCCAACUACACCAGAAUAAAAAACGAGAAGUUUGCUGAUUUACAAGAACUACAAAAUCUUCAAGAUGGCAGAUCCAUAAAGUAAUAAAAAAGAACUUUUAUUUAGUAGAUGUUAUUAUCUACAAUAUAAAGAUUUUCAAAAAUAACUUUUAACUUUACUAGCCAGUUGUACCAAAUAAAGUACUACCUUCUUCUGUUGAAAGGUAUUUUAAUAUUUAAUAUCUGAGACAUGUAUCUGUAGAAUAAUUAUUGUCUCAAUGUUAUUAGAGAUAUUCAAGUGAUCUAUAAGAAUAAUGAAAACUAAUUUCUUCUGACAUAAUUUUCUUUAGACUCUGUAUAUUUUGAGAUAUGAUAUAAUUUUCUUUAGAGUCUGUAUAUUUUGUAUUGAAUCAAUAUGAC